AUGUCAAUGUGUCUCACUCAGCCUUUCGAAUAUUCUAAUACUCUUGUACAAGUUGGAAGUCCAAAAGACCAAAUCCUUGACAGAUCGCCCCCCGCUACCAACGAGAGGCUAUAUAAGAGAGAGGUGAACCCAAGGACCUCUCACUGUUUCCUUCCACUUGGUGUACCGGAGUCUACUAGUCGUCAGAGCCCAAGCAGCCUUUUGGAAACAUGUACAAGGUAG